AUCCUGCUUGAGAAAAAACAUUUUUGCUAUAAAUGUAGGAUUGACUAAAAUUUUCAAUAUGUUAGCUUUUCAAAAACUUGCAAAUAAAGUUUUUUGAAGGGAAAAAAAGUUUGCACGCGCCUCCGUGCUUCAUCAGAAACCGUCUGAACUUUGUGCUGGAACGCGUCGGUGAUCUCCAGUCCGCCAGCAGCCGCCAUGGCGGCGCCUCCUGUCGUCAUCUGGGAGCGUGAAGUCCAGCAGCUGCUGAGCCCCGCAGACCUGAUCCCGCGUCUGGAGGACGCUCUGGGGAAGUUCUCGCGGCGGGACGCCGCGGAGGUGCUGCAGCCGGUGCGCACCGCGGUGCCGCUGCAGAAGCACGGCGGGUUUAUGGGGCUCAUGCCAACGUACAUGGAGAAGGACGGGGUGCUGUCCACCAAGUUUGUGUGUUUUUACAAGAGGGAGGAGGGCUCCACCCUACCGGCCGUUCAGGCCACGGUGGUGCUGCUGGAUCCAGAGUAUGGAAACGUCAAAGCUGUGAGUUCCACAGAACCGGUACUGCCACACCUCUGUGUCAUGGACGGCGAGGUCAUCACAGCCAUGAGGACAGCGGCGGUCUCUGCCAUCUCCGCCAAGCUGCUGAUGCCUCCCCAAGCAGAGGUUCUGGCCAUCCUGGGAACCGGAAAGCAGGCACUAAGUCAUUAUCGGGUCUUCACCGAGAUGUUUUUAUUUAAAGAGGUGAGGGUGUGGAGCCGCACCAAACAGGGAGCGGCGAGGUUUAUCCGCUCCAUCGACGGCCCCGUGCAGGGAUGCAGCUCAGCCGAGGAGGCGGUGAGGGGGGCGGACGUCAUCGUGACGGUGACGGGAUCCACCCAGCCGGUGCUCUUCGGUCAGUGGGUCAAAGCGGGCGCUCACGUGGCGGCGGUGGGAGCUUGCAGGCCAGACUGGCGGGAGCUGGAUGAUGUGCUGAUGAAGGAGGCUGUGGUGUAUGCGGACAGCAGGGAGGGAGCGAUGCUGGAAUCCGGGGACGUCAUCCUCUCUGGGGCUGAGGUGUUUGCAGAGCUCGGGGAUGUCAUCAACGGGACGAAAGCGGCUCACAGGGAGAAGACAACCGUGUUCAAAUCCCUCGGGAUGGGGGUCGAGGAUGCCGUGUCUGCUCAGCUGGUGUUUGAUCGAUGGAAAGCCAAAGCUGGAAAAUUCUGAGGCAAAUUCAUUCCAAUUCAAUUCAAUGUGAAGAUUUCUUUUCCACACGGAAUGAUGGUUCUGGAAUAUUUCAAUGGAAAAUUGCAGAAACAGAUGCAUAAAACUGUGACUUUAUGAAGCUACUCUGAUUUAAGAUGAAACUUUUUCUAAAGAAUCCUAAAUAUUUGAGUGCUUUUUUUCUUUAAUACUUCCUUUUAACCUGAAAGAGGAAUAUUUUUUGUAACAGAACUCAACAUUUUUCAGUUGUUUGAAUUAAUCAAGUUAAUCUCCUUUUCACAAUAAAGUGGAUUCAUCUAGGCCUCAUGUGGGGAAUCUUUCACUUCUAUACAUUUACUCCUGCGCAGUUUCUUCCUCUGGAUGAGUCUAAACGUUCAUUCAUUCAUGGUGCUAAUAGUUCGAUGUAUUUAAAGA